AUGUACACAAAUUCGCUGCCAAUACUGCUGCUGAUGCUAACACUGGCGGUCAUGGCCCCUGUCAGGGGCAACCAUCAGCAGAUGCAUGCCAGCAGAGUAAAAGUGAUGUCUGGCAUACAGGAGGGCUUCAUUGGCCUGGAGGAGUCACAGACGCUGCCCGAACCGCACACGCGCGAGCAAGUGGAGUUGCUGCGCCAUCUGAAUUUUGUGCCACCGGCUAUAGACUUUGGCAGAUGGUCGGUGGGUCAGACGGUAACACAGAUUGUGACGCUGUUUAAUCAGCACACAAACCGCACCGUACAUCUGAACUCAAUCACUGGGCCAAGCCCAGUGUUCUACAGCAGUUUUUUUGGUACGCGCGAGGUGCCGCCCCAAGGUAAUACUACAUUUAGUGUCGUCUUUUUGCCACGACAAUUAGGUGCCAUAUCAACGGGUCUGCGCAUCCAAACAUCCUUCGGCCGUGCCGAGUUUGCGGUGCGUGGCGAGGGCAGCGAGUGCCCUUAUCGCCUGAAGCCACUCGUUGGCAUCAAGGCGCCAAUGAAUUCAACUCUCACGCCUGAAAUUCAUAUGUACAAUCCGCAUGAGCGACCCCUGCAGAUACUUGAGGUCUACAGCAGCGGGGGUGAAUUUCAGCUGGAGCUGCCCACUGGCGGAUCGGAGGGGCCACAGAAUCUGUGGGAAAUACCACCGCAUUCGCUCAAGCCAGUCAUACGCAUAUCGUUUCACGGACGCACCGCUGGCAACCACAGCGCCUAUAUACGUAUAAAAAUAGCCGAGCAGACGGCGGACGAUUCCUCACCGCUGGAACCUCUUAGCGAGAACGUACUAGUCAUACCCGUCGAAUUCGAAAUAUUGCCACGGCAUGGCGCAUACGCAAGCAAUCCGCUGGCCGACUUUGGUCGUCUAGCUACGGAUCAGCAUGCGGAUGCGUUGCGUUUCAAAUUAGACAUGCAAAAUCAGCCAGCGGACGCAUCACAGCGUCAGCUAAUAGGCAACUAUCUGCGCGACAUACCAGGCCUGAGCUAUGACGCGCACAACGCAAGCAUUGUGCUAGAUCCGAAGUUGUUCGACGAGAGCGGCAGCAUUAAUGAUCUGCUGAUCGUCAGCAGCAGCAGCAGCAACGGCGGCGAGGAGCAGCAGUUCACAGUGCUGGUGCGUGCUGAAAUCUUUAAAGGUGGCCUCUAUUACGAUCGCAACGUGACGCUCUUCAUAAGCAACUCCAGCACAGAAGAGACGCCGCUGGAGACGCAACGCACUUUGGUGGUGCGCAAUGAUUUUGCCUUUCCGCUGAUGCUCUACAAUUUCAGUCUGACAGAGCCCAUUGAUCCGGCUCUACUUCAGCUCUCAUCGAUGGAGCAGGAGCUGAUGCUGCAGCCUGGCGAAUCGGUGGAUCUGCUGCAGCUGCAUCUGCUCAACGAACAGGCCACAUUCAAUUCGAUGCUGCUAAUCGUCAGCAAUGUGACGACGUUUGUCUUGCCCGUCAUCGCGUGCAGCGGACGUCUGCAUGUCUCCACGCAACAGUUCACGCUGGAGCUGUCCAGUGAUAGCGAUUAUAGCCUGGAGGUGGAUCUGGGCACUGUGCCCUUUGCGGAGAUGUCACGGGACGCCUUCAUUAUACUGCGCAACGACAAUCCCAUGCCCAUCAAGAUAACCAACUGGUACUUUAAGUCGCCGAAGAGCGUCUACUUUCAGUCCAUGUUCCGGGGAUGUGUGCCGGCUGGGGUCGCUGUGAAUGCCUCGUUGACCAAUAAUAGCACACUAUUUCGGUUCUGUGGUCAGCUGGAGACCGGCGACAGCGCCGUGUUCAUACUGGCCAUACAGACGUAUGUGGCCGAGGAGAGCACCGGCACACUGAAAGUGUGGACCCCCUACGAGCUAAUACGGACCACUGUGCGCUUUAAGGCGUCUGUCGGGCAAUUGGACAUCGAGCAGGAUCAGUUGCACUUCAAGUCUUGCUUUCCUGGCAAAAUAUGCUCGGCUGUAUUGAGCAUUCGAUCCAGUUUUCUGCAUACAGUGCAUGUGAAGGCGAUAUCUUUUACACGUCCCGGCCUGCGCUUCAAGGACUUUAAUGCGAGGGGCACCACAAUUGGAGCACAGACGUUGACCAAAGUGGGCCGCAUAUACUUUGAGCCCGCUGCAGUAUGUGGCAGCAACUGCUAUAUACGGCCCAGCAGCGACGAGCACGCGAUCUUUCCGAGCAACAGUGGCGUCGCUGCAGGUGGCAACGGCAACAACAAUCUGCUCUACGAUGGCGUGGAGGUGCGUCAACGCACGGAACUCUACCGGCAGUUUAAGCGCCAGCUGCAGUCCAUGUCGCUGACACUGCACAGCGACGAGCUGCCGCCGUUGGAGCUGGAGUUUAGCAUCGGGAUCGAGUGGCCCAAGCUGGUGCAGUAUCAGCCGCUGCCACCCACGCCGGCCAUCGAGGUGGGCCAGAUGCAGCGCCAGUGGAUAACCAUGAGCAAUCCUUCAAUGCAACCCUUGCUGCUCGACUAUUAUCUCUCCGAUCCGGCGUACGCGAGGCGCACACAACUCUCGCUGCCCCACGAGGUGAUCGAUGUGAGCAGCAGCAGCUGUUAUCUGACGGAUCGUGAUGUCUUCUCGCUGCCCGAUGCUCCAUACAGUGGAUCCGUGCUGCUGCCUGCCGGUGCCACAUUGACCAUACCCGUGCAGUUCAGCGCCCACCAGCCGGACAAAUACUGCACGCUGCUCCAUGUGCGCAGCAAUCUGACCCUCUACGAGGCUGUUUGGCUGACUGCGCGUGCCGUACAGUCGCAGUUCCGCUUGGGCAAUCGACGACCCGGCUCCAAUGCUCCGCUGCUUUUUGACUUCAAUGCCGAACAGUUUGAGCGCUGUGAUGGUAGCUUGAAGUCUGCCGAUGGCAGCCAUGACGAGGAUACCCUCUCUACCCAUGUGGUUUCGGCAACGCGUAGCUUUACGGCUCGCAAUGCGGGCGUGCUGCCUAUCCGUGUGGCCGGCUUUCUCAUUGGCAAGCGUCCGUGCGAGGGCUACGGCUUUAAGGUGCUCGACUGUGAGGGCUUCGAGCUGGGCGAGAAUGAGACGCGUAAGAUCGAGAUCAGCUUCACCACGGACUUCACCGCAUCGCGUGUGCAGCGCACUCUGACGCUGCUGACGAAUCUCAGCUAUGAUAUAAGCUAUCAGCUAGUCGCCCAGCUGCCAGCCGAGAGUGUGGAACGCUGUGCAGCGAGUCUGCCCCGACCCAGCUGGGAGCCGGCAUUGCGAAAUGCAGCGCUGGUAGUGCUCCUGGCCAGCUUCUGUCUGGUGCUGCUGGCCGCCGUCUUCGAUGCGCGGGCGAUAAUGGCACAGCAAAGUGCUUACGAUGCAGCGCGCUAUAAGGGACCCGUGCAGCCGACAUUCAACUUGCGCAACAUUGUCAAGAUGCAGGUGGCGGAGGAGGCGGCGGCAGCUGCUGAAGCAGCCGCAGCGGCAGCUGCCCUCAAAACGGAGCAGCAGCAAAAAUUCAGAAACGGCCAGCUCAAGGAACUGCGUAAACGCUCAACCCCGGCCAAUUCUACAGCGGACAAGAUGACGAAUACACGCAAGCCCAAAUCCUGGACAACAUGGAGCAUGGACAUGGCCAGCUGUGAAACCAAAACUGCAGCAGCUUCAACUGUUCCUGCUGCGGCUGCUGCUGUCGCAGCCCAGCCAAAGCCUACAACAUCGCCGAAGCCCAAUAAGAAGACAACCACAACGCCCACGCCGACGCCAACGCCAACGCCGACGCCAGUGCUGCCAUCCCUAACCACAGCUGUGCGCGCACCAAAGAAGCCCAAACAAACGACGCCAAUUAGUGUGACGCCCAAACCCAAAGUAGAGCCGGCUCCGAUUGAAGUUCAGGAGAAGCGCGUCAGUCCGAAUAGCAAGGGACAGCAGGAAAACGUAUCGCCGCGCGCUUGCAAAGUGAAUACAGAAACACCCAAGGAACGCGUGCUCAAGGAGCAGAACGGCAGCACCAAGAAGCUGGGCAAAACGCCUGGACGUGAGCGACGCAAGGAGCAAAAACUGACCACACCCAACGGCAAGAAAUCGACGGAGCGCAAACAGCGCAGCAAGCAGCUUAAUUUCAAUGGCAACCCGGUGCCAACGAGCGGAGCAUCGCCACUGAUCACACCGGAAGCCGACACCAUGAUCACCUCGCCCUGGGAGACCAGCAGCCGCGUUUCGUUUCGCGAUGUGCUGCAAACGAAGCCGCUGCCAGCGAUCGAUAACGGCCUCAACUGGGAUCCGGCAGCGAGUGACUUGGCCAGCAGUCAAUUAGGCCCGAUUGGUAGCCGCAAAAGCCUUCCCACAGCGCCAGCUGCCUCGCUGUAUCAGCCAAUCCAGCAGCCGACGACAACGACGACGACCACGACUAACAAUACGUUAAUUCGUUCGCUAUUUGACAAUACGGAGUCGAGCUUGAACAUGGAUUUGCCUGCCUUGAAUGAUCUUUGUGGCAACUUGUAUGAACGGGAGCAGCCGCAGACGCAGUGGGAACGCAGCGAGUUGAUAAUGAAACAGCAGCUGCUACUGCAGCAAUUGGAGCAGCAGCGCAAGCAACAGGAGCAGCAGAAGCUAAUGCUGAUGGCCAGCAUGGAGAGCAACAACUGGACUAUGAAUCAAGCUAGUGCGGCUUCAUCCUGGACGCCACUCGGCUAUAACGGCUGGCCAACUCAGGCAAGCGCGCGUACCUCGCCUACGCAUACCAUAACGCCAGGUGUGGGCGUUAUUCGUCCGCCUCCUGGUCUAGAGCCAAACUAUAACAAUUGCCAGCUGCCAGCAGGAGGAACUGGAGUUGGUGUCGGUGUCGUUGGACAUGGAAAUGAAGCAGCUGCAGCAGUAGUAACAACAGCAUCGGCUGUGGGAGCAGCAGCAUCCACAAACAACAAUCAGAGCAAUAACCAUAUUGAUGGUUUGCAGAACGCACAAGAUAGGGAACAGCACAAUAUACCCUAUCAAUACGAUCCGUUUACCUCGCCAAGCUCAAUCUGGUCGGACAAUUGGCGCCAGCGCAACAAUCACAUGAACUGAAGGUGCAUCAAAAGCUCACUGAUCAAAUUUAAGCAACCAAAUGAAAUUCUUAUUCUACAUAUAGACACUUAGGCUAUGCUAAGAAUCAAUGAAACACAUGAUCUUUUCCAAUUUGACAUUUGACUAAAUAAACGCAAAGAUUUAUGACUUUCAUGA